CGCCUAGCGUUUCCUUUCACAUGUCUUGGCUUGAACUGACAUGCCGAUGAUGCCAUUUUCAGACAAAAUAGUGUCCCAGCAGGCCCAUUUGCAAGAAUGAGUGUAUUUACAUAACUUUAACAUUUUGCGACAGGUAGACUAGAUACCACUUCGGGUUUAGGCGAUUCACUCCUGUUUUUUUACGCUUUACAGAAACGAAAAUGAGUGAGGAAGGGGAUAACAUUUCUGAGAUGGACUCGGAUAGAGAUCUUGAGGAAGGGACGGAGAUGGGCUUGUUAGAUGAUGUUGUUUAUUCAGAGAACUAUCUGCCAUCAUACAGAUCUGCCGGAGGAAUAGUGCCUAAAGUGGAACAGGCGGAAUUCGACCAAAAUCCUGACUCCCUUUUUUUUAAUGAUGGCAAGCGGCGCAUUGACUUUGUGUUGGUGUACGAGGAUGAGAGCAAGAAGGAUUUGGAUAAAAAGAACACCUUCCAGCGGCGAAAACGUAGGAGAGAGCAUUUUGAAGCCAGUCUGAUGAACAUGGGCAUGGAGCUGGAAGCAACUAGAUCUGUUGUGGAUGAGAAAAUCCUCUUUGUGAAGGUCCACAUGCCCUGGGAGGUGCUAUGUACAUAUGCUGAAGUCCUCCACAUCAAACUGCCUAUCCAGGCCAAUGACCUGGCCUCUAAGUCCUCACCAUUCAGCUGCUUCACAAAGUACUUCUACCCCAGUGAGGACGUCAUCGCCACGGAGACAGAGUUCUUCACUGCUCCCUUUGAGAAGAACAGGCUGGAGUACUUCAUCAUUAAAGACCAGGAUGAAUUCUUCACACCUGCAAUGAGAAGCAGAAUGGCGUACUACAUUCUCUGUCGAGCCCCAUAUGAAGAACGGGGAGCUGUGAAAAAGUUUGGCAUCCACAAGCUGCUGGAUGGAGGCGUGUACAAGGCUGCCUACCCCCUCCAUGAUGGCCGAUUCAAUAUCAAAUCCCAAGACGAAGGAUGUCCCAAUGAAAGGUAUCUGCUGUACACCGAGUGGGCCAAUCCAAAAAGCUUCUACAAGAUGCAGCCUCUGGACCUCAUCAGGAAAUAUUAUGGAGAGAAAAUUGGAAUUUAUUUUGCCUGGCUGGGAUUCUACACACUUAUGCUGACACUAGCUGCCAUUGUGGGCCUCUGCUGUUUCAUCUUUGGCUAUAGAACACGGGAAACCAGCACAUGGAGCAAAGAGGUGUGUGACCCUGAGAUUGGUGGAAAGAUCAUCAUGUGCCCUCGAUGUGACAGAUUCUGCUCUUACUGGCGGCUCAACAGCACCUGCGAGACUUCUAAAGAUCUUUGCAUAUUUGACAACUAUGGAACGUUGGUGUUUGCUGUAUUUAUGGCAAUUUGGGUGACACUGUUUCUAGAGCUCUGGAAACGCUAUCAGGCUAGGCUGGAGUACGAAUGGGACACAGUGGAGUUCCUAGAGCAGGAGGAGCAGCCAAGGCCGGAGUAUGAGGCCAAGUGCCUUUACCAGAGGACCAAUCCGGUCACCGGGGCAGAAGAGAAGGUGCCUUACACUGCCUGUGGGAAGUGUGUGAGAGUGUCUUGCGGAAUUGGGACUGUUCUUUUCUGGAUUUUUCUCAUCGUCGCGUCAGUGGUGGGUGUGAUUAUCUACCGACUCGCCGUCUUCUUCACCUUCUCUAUAAGGCUGCGUGAAGACAUCAAAGGACUGGAGCCUUUCAAAGAGUAUGUGACGCCACAGAUGGCAACCACUGUCACUGCAUCUAUCAUCAGCGUUGUCAUCAUCAUGAUCCUCAACAACCUCUAUGAGAAGGUUGCCAUCUGGAUAACCGACUUUGAGCUCCCAAGGACAAGGACAGACUAUGAGAACAGUCUGACGCUUAAGAUGUUCCUCUUCCAGUUCGUGAACUACUACUCUUCAUGUUUCUACGUGGCCUUUUUCAAGGGCAAAGUGGUGGGCUACCCAGGACAGCCUGUGUACUGGAUGGGGUUGUAUCGAAAUGAGGAGUGUGAUCCUGGAGGAUGUCUUAUUGAACUGACCACUCAGCUCAGUGUCAUUAUGGGAGGCAAGGCCAUCUGGAAUAACAUACAGGAAGUUCUGCUUCCGUGGGUAAAAAAUCUGAUUUUCCGUCACUGCAAUAAAGUGAAGUCUGAGAAAAUAAUUCCACGUUGGGAGCAGGACUACCAGCUGCAGCCGCUGGGAAAGUUGGGCCUGUUCUAUGAGUACCUGGAAAUGGUAAUCCAGUUUGGCUUUGUCACACUCUUCGUGGCCUCUUUCCCUCUGGCUCCUCUUCUGGCCCUGGUGAAUAACCUGCUUGAGAUCCGUGUGGAUGCGUGGAAGCUGACUACACAAUUCCGCCGGAUUGUGCCGGAAAAGGCCCAAGAUAUUGGAGCGUGGCAACCAAUUCUUCAGGGUGUUGCCAUCUUGGCUGUAGCGACCAAUGCAGCCAUAAUUGCCUUCACAUCAGACAUGAUUCCACGUCUGGUGUAUUACUGGUCCUUUUCUGUGUCACCAUAUACGGAGAAUACCAGCCACACCAUGACAGGCUACAUCAACAACACACUCUCCAUUUUUAACAUCAGUGAUUUCACAAUCGACAGUAUGCCUCUUGACGAAGUCAUUCCUUAUUGGUUUAACAACAGCACCACCUGCAGGUAUCGAGACUUCAGAUUCCCUCCAAGUCACCCCAGACAGUAUGACCACAACAUCUACUAUUGGCAUGUCAUAGCUGCCAAACUAGCCUUCAUCAUUGUUGUUGAGCACAUUGUGUACUUCACCAAGUUUGUGCUGUCCUAUGCCAUCCCUGAUGUGCCCGACAAGGUGAAGGAACAAAUCAAACGUGAGAAAUACCUCACUCAGGUUCUCCUCCAUGAGGCCAACCUCAAGAAGGUCGCCAAACAAGUGAAGCCCUUCGCUGAUAUGAUCAAAUGUGAUUUGGAGGGAGAGAACCUAGACCAGCACUUAUGAGCCUUCCUCGGGUCAAGUGCUAUUUCAAAAAACAAAUGGAAGUUCUGUCCAUUUGAGCAAAUGCUUCCGUGCGUUAAUUGGAUUCCUUCCUGUGGAAAAUGUGGUAUCACCCAAUAAGAACUUUAUGUAUUAGAUUAUUUUAUCUGUGGUACUAUUGGUUGGUUAAAAUUGGGUAGCAAUUACUCAGGUUAUCCCGAAAUGCACAUGCUAUGAACAAUUUCUUGGAAAACAGGAAACUAAUCACUGAGAACUGCACCACAAAAUAUUAUGAAUAUGUUUUUAAAACACUGUGGUAUUUAGGUCAUUGCAAUGGAUAAAUAGGAGUAAACAGGAGGUACGUACAUGUGUUGCUGUUAUCAAAUAUGAUAAUAUCGAUUUACUGUGUAGAGGAAAUGUUCUUUUGCCCGCCACAUCGUUUCCAAUAACAGUUUGUUACAUAUGCUUUGGAAUCUUAAUCCUGUGCACUCCACUUGACAGCUAUAUUAUGGAAAACUGGCAUUAGGGUAAGAAUUCUGAACAAUAUGACAUUGAAGCUGUUAGCUGAAAAUUUAUUCUGUAUUUUAAACAGGAUGAAAUACAAUGAGUGCUGAGGUGUUUCUACAUAGAGUCAUAAGUAACUCACCUAUAAAAGCUUUAAUGUGUCUAUAUGAGUCAAGUAAACUAUCGAGUGCAAGAAUAAAAUUAGCUGAUUGUAUUUGUAUUAUUGCCUAAAUAGUUGAGUGUUGCUGUUGACUGUUUUAAAAUCUUAUUUAGUUGUUUUUAUUAUCACAUAUGAUUGACUGUAUUAUGUCACCUGCAAAACAUAGAUUUUUUUACCGACAUUCAUGUAAAUGGCUGUGAACAACUAACAAUGAAAAACAUACUUUUAUAACUUGUAUAAUGCCAUGUGCCUUAAUUUCCUGUGUGUUCACUCUAUCUACCUGUAUGUCAUAUAGACUACAAUUCUUGAGAUUGUAUGUUGUGUAUUUCACAAUUGAAAAUAAAUCAUGUGAUAUAUUAA